AUGGGCGUGAAGGGUCUCAAGCUCUACCUCUCCGAGUUUAGCAAGGACCUGUGCGUCGUCCACCGCUUCGACGGACGGCGCAGGUCGGUCCCCGUCAUCGCAGACGGUCUCGGCAUCAUGUUCGCCAUCUAUUUUGCCUACAACCGAUGGGAGGAUGGAGGAGACUACCUUGCGUUCUACCGUUUGAUUCGCCGGAUGGUAAAGGCAUGGCGUGCGGCCGGCUUUGAGCUCGUGUUCGUCUUUGACGGGGCAAAACCCCUCGCCAAACACAGCACCGUCAUUGCGCGUUUCCAGGACGGGAUCGGCAACUCGCGCAAAUUCCACGAGGCCCUCAACAAGGAAGAAAACAGCAACACCAUGUUGACGUUUGGCGGCAAACGGAUCCUUCCUCUGUUCGUGUUCGACGCCCUCGUCGCCGCGCUGAGCGAGCUCAAGGUGGCCAUGGAGUUUGUUCCGGACGGCGAGGCCGAUGCGGCUGUGGUCGCAGUGGCCGAGCGCCGCGGCGCCUACAUUCUGGGCAACGACUCGGACUUUAUCAUCCUCGCGGCCGGCUGUUCCAAUGUCCGCGGCUACAUUCCAACCGAGGGAGUGCAGUGGAUCAACAACAACAAGCGCAAGGGCUCGUUGAUUCCACCAGUCUCUUGGAAGAACCCUGCUGUUCAUGUCAAGGUCUACUCUACGCCCGCGCUCUGCAAGCAUCUGGGUGUGUUGCCCAACCAUUUGAGUUUGUUGUCAUCCAUCGUGGGCAACGACUAUGCCUCGUUUGAGGGUUUUUGGAUGGCUGUCCGCGAGAAGGAAGAUGUGCGUCGUGCCAAGGAAAGCGACGAACCGCUGGAACGUCAACCACCCUACUGGCGCCUCCAAUACGCUGCCAACAUCUUGCGGGGCAUUCCAUUGCCCGACAUGAAGACCGAAGAGGACGCAAUCGCCCACGUUCGCGACGUCAUGUCCGCCAUGCGAGGCGGGCGCAACGUGAGGGACGAGUUGGUCGACACGGUAGUUACAGCCACUCUGCAGUACGCGUUGCCGACGGACCGCGUCUGUUGCGAGGCUUAUCCAUUCUGCAAGGGGUGCACUGAAACCUCGCCAUUACUCAAACAAUACGGCUACGCUCAGCGUGGAGGUCGACUCAAGCCGCUCACGAAUGCGUACAUGUAUCCCGACCGCGUCUACCCAUGGUCAUUGGCAGAGGACCCGAUCUACGCACCACUCCGUUCUUCUCCACCCAGUUGCGCCGUCCGUAUGCUUGCGUAUAGCAUCUUCUUCAGUGCCGUCGCACCACGCAACGAGAUUACAGAAUACGAGCGCAACAGUGAAGAGCGCUUGGUGCCUCGGGUCCAUGUCCUACCCCCGUCGCCAUCAACAGCCGCGUGCCUCUUGCCACUCCAUGAGCGCAUCAGGAUAUACCUUUCGCCAUUCGGCCACAAGCCUGCCCGUGAAAUUGGCAAGCUUCCCGCACACCUGCACCCACUUGCCGCUGCCCUUCGCUUGUGUGUCCUCCUUCCACACGACAGUGGACGGUGGUCUCAUGCGGAGCUCUUUGCCUUUGCUCGCUCGGCCCUUGGCUCCCUCGAGGCCUUUGGAACCCUUCAGGACGACGACAACAGCCUCGACUCUAUCGGUCGCGUCCCCUUGACCAGUCGCAACGUCCAACGCGUCGCCCAGUUUAGCGCCUCGCUUCACGACCUGCAUCUUCUUGCUCAGGCCCUCCUCUUGUCCACACCGGGUAAAAUCAAGACCCACCUGUUUGUGUGGAAGUUUGUCGACGGUGCGUCGCUGCAUUGCCUGCUCAAGGGAAAGGAGCCGGCGGCAGCUUGGCGCCGUCCAGACGAAGACCAGGUGCACCACGUUGUGUCGGCAGCCCUCACAGGCCUCCCUCAAAAUGUCGUCGACGGAUGGGGUGUAGGUAUCGCACCUCCCAGGCGUCCAAAGGCCCGAACCCGAACCCGAACUGCAGCAGCCAAGACGAGUGCACCCACGCCUGCUGCACCCAAGGCCACCGCCGCAGCUACAGCGCCUCAACCUGUGAUCGCCAGCGCACCGACAACGACUCCUCCCUCGAGCUCACCAGACCCUCUCGUGAUGGUCCCAACGCAGAUAUCUGUCAAGGCUGCGCACCGCCAGCACCACCGUCGCCGUUGA